UUUAAAGAGAUAAUAAAGUCAGACCCAUGCAAUCAUGCUUGUUAAUUAACACUCAAUCACUAAACUGGCCGUUCAGAGUCCAAUUGGACCUCCAGGUCACUCUGAAGUUCAGUCUAUGAAAAACUAAGCGGAGGAAAUGACAGCAAAUUUUAGCUUUUUUUCCGCUUUUGUUUUCAAUUGUUUCGUUUUAAAUCACAAUCAACAGGAAACCGAAAAGAAAUAAUUUCCUUAUUUUUGAACAAAACAUUUCUCUUUACCUAUGGCACUGUAAUAAUCACAAUUUAAGGAAAAUUGAUCCAACCCAAAGUGAAAUUUGUAUAUACUCAGUGACUCCUUUUCUUAACCAUCAUAUGAACAACAAUGUAACCAUUUAAAUUGUCAAGUUCCCAUUUAGAUCUUGAUUCAAGAUAACAUGUCAACUAAUUAGGUGAUUAUGUCUAAUUGUUGCUAUUAAAUGGUUGAAUAUCUGCUUGGGACACUCGUUAAUUUCCCAUAGAGAUUUGCCUUUUAAAGACAAAAUGAUCAUGCGUGAUUCUUGAUGUUUGUUUACUUUUCUAUGUUAUUGUUUUGAUUUUGUGUCUUUUUAAUAUUUACGUUUUUUUCUCAUUCCAAGUGAUUACUAUUCAAUCAGUGUUACAAUUUAAAUCUACAUUUAUCUAGUUUUCCCUGCUCUCCUUUUUUUUGGUUGGAAAAUAUUCUGUAAACAAUGGAUAUUCCUGAAGAUACAUUGAGACAAGUUUUAAAGUCAAUGAAAGAAUCUAAAUUAUCAUUGGAUGCAUUGGAAAAUAGUGCUCGUGAUGAAGCAGCUCGGACUGAGGAAUCAAAAGGAAUCAUCGAGUUUCAUAUUGUUGCCAAUUCAUUAACUAAACCAAUUAGUAAACAAUGUCUCCUUUGGUUGGUUGGAUUGCAAAAUGUUUUCAGUCAUCAAUUACCUCGAAUGCCCAAGGAAUAUAUCGCUCGACUUGUUUUUGAUCCCAAACAUCGGACAUUGGCUUUGAUUAAGGACAAUAAAGUUAUUGGUGGAAUUUGUUUCCGUUUAUUUCCAGCUCAAGGUUUCAGUGAGAUUGUUUUCUGUGCAGUUACAUCAAAUGAACAGGUUAAAGGCUAUGGAACUCAUCUCAUGAAUCACCUGAAAGAUUAUCAUGUUCAACUUGGAAUCCAUCAUUUUCUUACCUAUGCAGAUGAAUAUGCAAUUGGUUAUUUUAAGAAACAAGGGUUUACUAUUGACAUUAAACUCGCCAAAACCUCUUACCUGGGAUUUAUCAAGGAUUAUGAAGGUGCCACCUUAAUGGGAUGUCAACUAGAUUCUUCCAUUAUUUAUACACUUUUCUCUUCCGUAAUGAGAAAGCAGAAAGAAAUUAUCAGAAAAUUGAUCGAUUUGAAACAAGCCGAUAUACUAAGACAAAAUCCAAAUCUAGCUCUUCGUUGUAAUCAAUCAUCAUCAACUAAUAAUAGCGAUGGUAAUUCCUCUCGAGAUAAAAAAUUUAAAAGCAAAGACGAUGAUAAACUGUACAAUCUUUUGAAAACCGUUUUAAAUCAAGUGAAAAAUCACCCAUCAGCUUGGCCAUUCAUUAAACCUGUUGAAUUAACUGAAGCACCAGAUUAUUAUGAACAUAUUAAGAAUCCAAUGGACCUGAAAACCAUGUCAGAGAGAUUGAAAAGUCGCCAUUACUCCAAUAAACGUAUUUUCAUCUCCGAUAUGACUCGAAUAUUCACCAAUUGCCGAACUUACAAUGCAAUGGACACCGAGUAUUACAAAUGUGCUAAUGUCCUGGAAAGAUUUUUCAUCAGCAAAAUGAAAGAAGCAGGUCUAUGGGAAAAAUGAUCGAUUCGAUUCCCGCAAACAACAAAAUUCAUCUUCUAAUCAACACACAAAAAUGACUAAAAUUGCAAUUAAAAGACCUCAUCUCUAUGAAAAAGCUCAUCUACCUGCCCAUUCACUAAUAUAAAUAUUUAUAAAUUAUAACAAUACAAACAUAAUUUAUGUAAACUUUCAUUGCUCACCCAUAAUCACUUUUUGCAAACCAUGGAAAAAGAAAGUUAAUUGUCAAUUGGAAUUAUGGUUUAACCUCAUAUAUCAAUGAUCUCCUAAACCUUUGGCUACGAAAUAAUAAUUUGGAUGGAACCUCAAUUGAUCUCUGAAGUUUUCUUUGUCAUCUUUAAACUUCAUAAACAAAACAAUCAACCAUUUAAUCAACUUUUUAUUCAAAUCCAAGAUCACUUUUAAUUCAAGUCGAGAGUAACAAUUUGAAACAUAAUCAUCUUAUUAUCACUUUUACAAUUAGUUCAUUUGGUGGGACAUCAAACAAAUUGAUGAUUAUUACGUUUUCGAUAGUGUUUUAAACUUUUCGUUCCCAUUGGAAACAUGAUGAACACAAAAUAAUUAAUCUCCACCCUAAAUAACCUUAAUUAUCUGAAUUAACCUUUUUUUACUUUUAUAUUGUUUACAUUAUUAUCCAUCUCAUCUAUUUUACGUAUACCUCGCAAAGAUGAUAAAUAUAAUAGUUAAUUAUAAUAUAUAAACACAAUGUAUAUUCAAUUAAAUGUACUAAUCUGAUGACAAUCAAGACCCGAUCUCUUCCAAAUUAAGACAAUCAACUUAAGUUGAAAGUCCAAACAAAUCAAUGGACAAGUUGAUUCGAUUAUACCAAUUGACAGAGAAAUAAAUUCAAUCAGAAGAAAAUUA